AUGGCUCCCUAUGAGGCCCUAUAUGGGAGGAAGUGCCGAUCUCCCGUGUGUUGGGCUGUGGUAGGAGAGAAGAAUAUUCUUGGAUCAGAAAUUAUACAAAAGACCACUGAGAAAGUCAAGGUAAUCCAAGAUAAUCUUAAGAAAGCCCAAGACCGACGGAAGAAUUAUGCGGACAAGCGAAGGAGACCUCUAGAAUUUGAAGUGGGAGAUCACGUGUAUUUGAAGGUCACCCCGAGGUUGAGGUUGGGAGGAUCAUUCAAAACGUGUAAACUCAGUCCAAGAUACGUGGGACCGUAUCAGAUUGUGAGUCGAGUAGGUGAAGUGGCCUAUCAGUUGGCUUUGCCACCUUCACUAUUCGGACUGCACGAUGUAUUUCAUGUAUCUCAACUCCGAAGGUUUGUGUCUGAUGUCUUCCAUCCUAUCCUUCUGGAUUCUAUUGCAGUGGAACCAGAUCUUUCUUAUGAUCCACAACCUUGCUGUAUCUUGGAACAUGCUAGCAAGUCUCUAAGGAAUAAGGAGAUACCCCUUGUGAAAGUGUUGUGGGAUGAGACGUGUCCUGAGGAAGCUACAUGGGAGCUUGAGUCAGAGAUGCGAGAAUCCUACCCUCACUUGUUUUGGUAA